AUGGCGAGCUCCAGCGGGACGAAGAGCAAUCAGGACCCGCCGAGGUCGUUAUCUAGGCAAAUUACGAGAAUGUCCACGAGGGUUUUGGACUUGCCGACUGAGGACGAGGAGUUGGAUGUGCCCUCGUGCCUUGCAUCAAUUGCUCCCAUUUUUCGUGUCGCCAAUGAGAUUGAGAAGGAAAACCCCAGGGUUGCCUACCUCUGCCGCUUCCAUGGAUUUGAGAAGGCGCACAAAAAGGAUCCAACAUCAAGUGGACGUGGUGUUCGUCAGUUUAAGACACAUCUUUUGCACAGACUUGAAAAGGAAGAAGAAGAGACAAGACAUCAGCUUGCUAAAUCUGAUACAAAAGAAAUCCUGUAUUUUUACCACCAAUUUUAUCGGAACAAUAUCCUAGAAGGAGAAUACACAAAAAAACCGGAAGAGAUGGCUAGGAUUAUUCAGAUUGCAACAGUACUAUAUGACGUGCUCAAGACAGUGGUACCUCAGUCUCAAAUUGAUCAACAGACACAGAAAAUUGCUGAAGACGUCAAGAGGAAAAGGGAGCAGUACGUAAACUAUAACAUUCUUCCGUUAUAUACUGUUGGUGUUAAACCAGCAAUUAUGGAACUGCCUGAGAUCAAAGCAGCACUUCAUGCUCUACAAAAUGUGAAUGGUCUUCCAAUGCCAAUAAUGCAUUUAAAACCCAUGAAUCCUGAUGACAAGUCAACAAUGCCUACCGAGAGGAUUAAACCUGUCAAUGAUAUACUCGAUUGGCUUUCCUCUAUUUUUGGGUUUCAGAAAGGAAAUGUUGCAAAUCAGAGGGAACACUUAAUCUUGCUACUUGCCAACAUGGAUGUAAGACAUAGAAAUCUUGAAAAUUACACACAGUUGAAUAGUGGCACUGUACAGCAUUUGAUGGAGAAAAUUUUUAAGAACUAUCGUUCAUGGUUUAACUAUUUGCAUUGCAAAUCAAAUCUUAAGUUUCCUCAAGGUUCUGACAGACAACAGUUGGAGCUUAUUUACAUUGGACUCUAUCUUCUCAUAUGGGGUGAAGCUUCAAAUAUUCGAUUCAUGCCUGAAUGCUUAUGCUACAUUUUCCAUCAGAUGGCCAACGAGGUAUAUGGAAUUUUAUAUAGCAAUGUUCAUCCGGUUAGUGGAGAAACAUACCAAACAACAGCACGUGACGAAGAAUCUUUUCUGAGGGAUGUUGUAACUCCUAUCUACCAGGUGUUGUACAAGGAAGCAAAGAGAAACAAAAAUGGCAGGGCAAGUCAUUCAAGAUGGAGAAAUUAUGAUGAUCUAAAUGAAUAUUUUUGGUCUGACAAAUGUUUUAGGCUAGGGUGGCCAAUGGACCCUAAAGCAGAUUUCUUUAGGCAUUCAGAUGGGAUUCCACCAGCAAAUGAGAGGACAAAUCAAGCUGCUGGUGGGAGGAGGAAACCUAAAACAAACUUCGUAGAAGUCCGAACAUUUUGGCACCUGUACCGAAGUUUUGAUCGAAUGUGGAUAUUCUUCAUAUUGGCUUUCCAGGCUAUGGUUAUUGUUGCAUGGAGUUCUUCUGGAUCUCUGACUGCUUUCUUUGAUGCGGAUGUCUUCAGAAGUGUUUUAAGCAUCUUCAUCACUUAUGCUUUCCUCAAUUUAUUACAAGCCACUCUGGAUAUUGUUCUUAGUUGGUAUGCCUGGAAGAGCUUGAAGCUCACUCAAAUACUACGAUACCUCUUGAAAUUUGCAGUAGCUGGUGUGUGGGCUGUGGUUCUGCCUGUUGGUUAUUCUAGUUCUGUGCAGAAUCCUACUGGACUUCUGAAAUUCUUCAGCAGUUGGGCUAGGGAUUGGCGGAAUCAGUCAUUUUAUAACUAUGCUGUUGCAAUCUAUCUACUUCCUAAUAUAUUGGCUACUGUGCUAUUUUUUCUUCCACCUUUACGGAGACACAUAGAGCGAUCAAACUGGCGCAUUGUCACUCUUUUUAUGUGGUGGGCUCAGGCAAGCAUGUCUUGCUUUGGUUUUAACCAAAGUUCUCGUUGCCUUGUGAUUGUACCAAAACUGUAUAUAGGAAGAGGCCUGCAUGAGGACGUCUUUUCACUGCUGAAAUAUACUUUGUUUUGGAUCAUGCUGCUAAUCAGCAAGCUAUCGUUCAGCUAUUUUGUGGAGAUACUGCCGCUUGUUGGACCAACAAAAGUGAUAAUGAAGAUGCCCAUUAGUAAUUAUCAAUGGCAUGAGUUCUUUCCAAAUGUAACUCAUAAUAUGGGCGUUGUUAUUGCAAUAUGGGCUCCAAUUGUCCUGGUUUAUUUUAUGGAUGCACAAAUAUGGUAUGCAAUAUUUUCUACUCUGUUUGGUGGGAUUCAUGGAGCCUUCAGCCAUUUGGGUGAGAUACGGACCCUUGGGAUGUUGCGGUCCAGAUUUGAGUCUGUGCCUUCAGCUUUCAGUAAUCGUCUUAUGCCAUCCCCAAAUAAGGAUGCCAAAAAGAAAAGACAAUUGGAGGGUGAGGCACUCGAACGAAAGAACAUUUUCGAUUUCUCUUAUGUGUGGAAUGAGUUCAUAAAUUCUAUGCGAUUGGAAGACCUGAUCAGCAAUAGAGAUAAAGAUCUGCUGCUUGUUCCAUCUUCUUCAAAUGAUGUGUCUGUUGUUCAGUGGCCUCCUUUCUUGCUUGCUAGUAAGAUUCCUAUAGCAUUAGACAUGGCAAAAGAUUUUACGGGGAAGGCAGAUGAUGAUUUAUUUAGAAAGAUUAAGAGUGAUGAUUAUAUGUACUCGGCAGUAAUUGAAUGCUAUGAGACACUUAGGGAUAUUAUAUUUGGCCUUCUGGAUGAUGCAGCGGAUAAGAUGAUUGUAAAGCAGAUAUGUUUCGAAGUAGACAGUAGUAUACAGCAGGAAAAUUUUUUGACCUAUUUCCGGAUGAGUGGGCUGCCAUUUCUUAGCGAGAGGUUGGAGAAAUUUCUAAAACUCUUGCUUGCCGAAGAUGAGAAUGUCGAGAAUUCCAUGCGUCAGAUAAUCAAUGUCCUUCAAGAUAUCAUGGAGAUUAUCACACAGGAUGUAAUGGUCAACGGCCAUCAAAUACUGGAAGCAGCUCACUACAUUGAUGGUCAAGAUGUCAAGAAGGAGCAAAGGUUUCAAAAGAUUAACAUAUUCCUCACACAGAAUACAGCUUGGAGGGAGAAGGUCGUUAGACUUCAUUUGCUUUUGACCGUCAAGGAAUCUGCCAUCAAUGUGCCUCAAAACUUGGAAGCUCGCAGGCGCAUCACCUUCUUUGCAAACUCCUUAUUCAUGAACAUGCCACGUGCUCCCAAAGUUCGUGACAUGCUCUCAUUUAGUGUUCUGACUCCUUAUUACAAAGAAGAUGUCCUCUAUUCUGAUGAUGAACUUACGAAGGAAAAUGAGGACGGAAUCUCAAUUUUGUUCUACCUGCAGAAAAUAUAUCCUGAUGAAUGGACAAAUUUCCAGGAUCGCAUAAAGGAUCCUAAGAAUGAGUUUUCUGAUAAGGACAAGUCAGAGUUAAUUCGCCAGUGGGUAUCUUAUAGGGGACAGACACUUUCUAGAACAGUGAGGGGGAUGAUGUACUAUAGGAGGGCUCUAGACAUUCAGUGUGUCCUGGAAACAGCAGGAGAUAGUGAUAUUUUGGGAGGCUACCACACCAUGGAAUUAAGCGAAAAUGAUGAGAAGGCUUUUCUUGAUCGUGCACAAGCUCUGGCAGAUUUGAAGUUUACUUAUGUAGUUUCUUGUCAGAUGUAUGGUGCUCAGAAAAAUUCUCCUGAUAUUCGAGACAAAAGUUGUUACUCUAAUAUCCUGAAGCUGAUGCUAACGUAUCCAUCUCUACGUGUUGCUUACAUAGAUACAAGGGAGGAGCAUGUGAAUGGAAAAUCGCAAAAAGCAUACUUUUCUGUUCUAGUCAAGGGUGGUGACAAAUGGGAUGAGGAAAUAUACCGCAUCAAGCUUCCAGGUCCUCCAACAGUAAUUGGUGAAGGAAAACCUGAAAAUCAAAAUCAUGCCAUUAUCUUUACUCGUGGAGAAGCCCUGCAGACAAUAGACAUGAAUCAGGAUAAUUACUUUGAAGAAGCUUUCAAAAUGAGAAAUGUGUUGGAGGAAUUCCUAAAGCCUCGUCUUGGGCAACGGAAACCCACAAUAUUGGGGCUACGGGAGCAUAUAUUCACUGGAAGUGUUUCAUCACUUGCUUGGUUUAUGUCGAAUCAAGAGACUAGUUUUGUAACUAUUGGUCAAAGAAUUUUGGCAAAUCCGCUGAGGGUACGGUUCCAUUAUGGUCAUCCUGAUAUAUUUGACAGAAUCUUCCACAUAACAAGGGGUGGCAUAAGCAAAGCUUCAAAAGUAAUUAACUUAAGCGAGGAUAUAUUUGCAGGGUACAAUUCAACUAUGCGUGGGGGAUUUAUAACACAUCACGAGUAUAUCCAAGUAGGCAAGGGGCGUGAUGUGGGAAUGAAUCAAAUAUCGCUUUUGAGGCUAAGGUUGCAAAUGGAAAUGGAGAACAGACACUUAGCCGCGAUGUUUACCGGCUUGGGCGUCGGUUUGAUUUCUAUAGAAUGCUGUCUUUUUACUUCACAACGGUUGGAUUCUAUUUUAGUAGUAACUGUGCUGACUGUAUAUGUGUUUUUAUAUGGACGUGUCUACUUGGUCAUGAGUGGAUUGGAGAGUGAGAUCCUGGAUAACCCAGCCAUACAUGAGAACAAGGCCUUCGAAGAGUCUUUGGCUACCCAGUCUGUCUUUCAACUGGGCUUGCUGCUUGUGCUUCCCAUGGUAAUGGAAAUUGGCCUGGAGAAAGGGUUCCGCACUGCCUUGGGUGAUUUUAUCAUCAUGCAGCUGCAGCUGGCCUCUGUUUUCUUCACAUUCCAACUAGGAACAAAAGUACAUUACUAUGGAAGGACAAUCUUACAUGGAGGAUCUAAAUACCGAGCAACUGGCCGUGGUUUUGUUGUUUUCCAUGCCAAGUUUUCUGAUAACUACAGGCUAUACUCGCGCAGUCACUUUGUGAAAGGGUUGGAGCUGCUUAUUCUGCUGAUUGUGUAUGGAGUCUACGGGAAAGCUUAUAAGAGCUCAAAUCUUUAUUUUUUCAUCACUUUCUCCAUGUGGUUUCUGGUUGCUUCCUGGUUGUUUGCUCCUUUUGUAUUCAAUCCAUCCAGCUUUGACUGGCAGAAAACUGUAGAUGAUUGGACAGAUUGGAAGAGGUGGAUGGGAAAUCGUGGUGGUAUUGGGAUCUCACCUGACAAAAGUUGGGAAUCAUGGUGGGAUGAAGAACAGGAACACCUCAAACACACAGUUAUCCGGGGAAGAGUUAUUGAGAUAAUACUUGCAUGUCGCUUCUUUGUUUACCAAUAUGGAAUUGUUUACCACCUUGAUAUAGCUCAUCACAGCAAGAGUCUGCUGGUUUAUGGACUUUCUUGGGUAGUUAUGGUAACCGUUCUUCUCGUCUUAAAGAUGGUUUCUAUGGGUAGACGAAGAUUUGGCACAGACUUCCAGCUCAUGUUCAGGAUUCUGAAAGCACUUCUUUUUCUUGGUUUCAUGUCAGUCAUGACUGUCCUAUUUGUUGUUUGUGGCCUUACUAUCUCAGAUCUAUUUGCUGCUAUCCUUGCCUUCUUGCCCACAGGAUGGGCCCUUCUUCUGAUUGGGCAAGCAUGCAGGAGGAUGGUUAAGGGUCUAGGAUUCUGGGAGUCAAUAAAGGAGCUGGGGAGAGCAUACGAUUAUAUAAUGGGACUUAUAAUCUUCAUGCCCAUAGCCAUUUUGUCAUGGUUCCCAUUCGUAUCGGAGUUCCAAACACGUUUGCUCUUCAACCAAGCAUUCAGUAGAGGCCUACAAAUUUCAAUGAUUCUUGCAGGGAGGAAAGACAAGACGACGUCACGGGAACAGACUUGA